AUGUUUCCUGAUGAGACGAAGGCCAGUCCCUUGCGGAAGGUGCUGGUGCCGCUCUGCGGAAAGUCUGUGGACAUGCCGUACUUGUGUGAGCUCGGCUUCGGUGUCGUGGGAGUCGAGGGCAUUCCGAGGGCCAUCCUUGAAUUCAAAGCAGAGCACCAAAUACGAGUCAAGGGCAUGAAGUCCAAGCUCCAUUUUGCAAAAGAUGAGCAAGGAUGGCGGGAAGGGACGACGUUCCAUCCUGCCGCGCAGUUCGCAGGAGCGAGGUCUGGCCAGUCCUUCAAGACAGGCGACCAAGGGCUCGGUUACUAUUCGGAGCGUCCAGCUGUGUGGCGUGGCAAGGUGAACCUGGGCAGGAGGCACGCUCCGUUGCACCUCAUCGAGGGCGACAUGUUGGAGGUCACGCCGGAACUGGUUGCGGCUUCCACGUUUGUGACGGAUGGCAGGUUUGACCUCGUUUACGAUUGCGAUGCUUUGGUCUCGCUUCCACCAGACAGUUGGAAACAGUACGCAGACGGGUUGUCGUCGUUGCUGCGAGUAGGUGGAAGGAUCCUCCUGGUAGCUGUUCAGUACGACCAGGACAAGCUCCCAUAUGCACGCAACCGCAUCAAUCCGCCCCCGUUUAGUGCCGAGCUCCAAGAUGCUCCGGAGCUCGUGGGACUCGUGUUGGUCGGUGACCACGUUGGAGACAGACUUGGAUUGCCAGUGCAGUGCCUGUCAACCUACGCAGCACCACUGUCUCCGUGGGAUCCGGGUAAGCUUGUCCGAUCUGCACUGGCGGGCUUCCAGACCCACCAGACUCGACCUGACCUUGACAGCAGACUUGUGAUCGCACCGUCACCGUGGCUGGGCUUGGCCAUGGACACCUCGAUGUACAUUGCGCCAUUUGCAUCGCUCCCACCCUUGAAUGACAAGCGGCCCGGUACCUCGAAAAUCGGCUUCGGUCGCUUACAGAGGAGGCAGCUAGGUUCAUGCCGAAUGAUGUGCACGGUGUUAUCUGCACGCACGAAAGUGCUGGCUUUCCUCGCCCAGGAGGCAUCUUCCGGCAGCCCAUUUGUCACCUUUGCUCGCCGGUCGCUGGGCAAGAGAAUAGAUUGCAGUCUUGCACCCUUCGGCCUGGCAGAAUCUGGCAGACGCAGCGCGCCGAAAGCGGGCGAGGUGCCGAAGACGAACCUACGGGCCUCGAGCUGCGGAACGCCGAGCCGCGUCAGAGGGAAGGUGCGUCAGACGCGGAACCCUGUACGAUCUCCUGCAAAGUCGCCCGAUGUCAGGCCUCGGCGGCCAACACGAGAGCAGCCCCCGUGGCGUCCUGGAGGCCCUCAAAAGCCAUUGUCGAGCUCCGGCAGCCACAACAAGCCGCUUCCCGGCCCCAAGCUCGCGAUGGCGAGGCCGAAGACAUCAGUGCCACGCUCAGCCGAGAGCUCUGCCAGGGGGAAGAAGCUCGAAUGGCUGGGGCUGAGCAUGCCCAUGGAUAGCGUCAGGCGGAACACUGACGGUGGCUUUCCUGGUCAGAGGCACAAGGCGCAGUUUUCUCUUCCGGACGGUGCUCUUGCAAGAACGGCCGAGGCAUGCUUCGCAGACUCCGGCACCAGCCUAGAGGGCUUGGCGGGUCCGCGUUUGCCUCUCGUUCCCUCGUGGGAGGCCCGGAAGAAGGUGGCCGAGGAAGCUCGCAAGAAAACAGCGAGGGAUCUGGAGAGAAGGCGGCGCCUCGAGGCCUUGGCUGCUGCGACCCGGCGCCGAGAGGAACGGCGUCGAAAGCUUCAGAUUCAGGCCAGAAGAUUGCAGGUGCUCCGGCAGAAGGCUUUGGAAGCAGAGCAAGAGCCCGAGGAAGCAGAGGAUGCUGAGGAAGAUGCCACCCCGGUCCACAAGCACCAGGACGGGGAGCGUACCAUCAGGUUCAUGCCCUGCGACGACAGCUCCGUUGGUUCGGAUGCAGAAAGGUCAGAAAGCUCGGAGUCAUCGCAGGACGAAUGCGACGACCUGCGUGACCCCAUCCCAGUCAGGCUACCGGCCUGGUACCCAUACGAAGCGCCACUUUCAUGCUCGAGUGCCUGUGGCUUUAACGACACCGGGGUGAGGCCCUUGUCUCAUCUCCUGCCAGCUGCUCCAGUGGCCAGGUGCACAGGGUUAGACAAAGUCUCCGUCACCUGGCAGCUGGAGAACACAAGAUUGCUGGAUUACACUUGGCAAGUUCGGGUGCGAUCCACGGCUGCGGACAGCGAAUGGCAGAAGGUAGACCUGGACUCCGGUCGAGUGGAGUCUUCCCGUCUGUCUGCAAUGUCUUGGAAACACCGAGCCUGCAUUGUUCAGCGUGGGCUGAAGGUGCUCAGCUUCUGCGUGGAGGAGGGCCGGAAGAGCCAGCGGCCGGUGCCUGGAACGGUGAUCUCCCACUACCCCGGACUGGUAACAGUGGACUUCGAGUUGAUUGACCGGGUUGUCGUGAGGCAGCGGGUCCCUCAGGAUUGGGUGCUGCUGGCAGCUACGUCACGCGAGAUCAAGGAUGUCGCCUGGAGUCUGGUGGAGCACCGGCGGAGGUUCGGCCAAGGUGCGGCUGGAAGGCGUCUAUGGAGGGUGGCCAAAAACAAGGUCUACGAGCGGAUUAUUCGGACACACCGCCAGUGUGCUGUUCUGUGGAGCCAGCAAGUGCGGCUCCCUGCUCCAGGAAGCCGCGUCACCCUGAACUGUGCCAUGGGAGUGCAGGUUGAUGCAGACGAGAAGGAGGACCUGUCCCCAGAUCGCAGCUUUGCAUCUCGUGGGAGCCGGACAGCUGUGCCAAGCAUCAGCUCCUGGUGGCCGGUGGUCCUCCCUGUCGAGGAGAGCAAGGAUCUGCGCAGCAGCACAGAUCGGCCAGAGGAGCUCUGCACACGCGCAGAUUUGAAGGUCAGUCUGGAGCCGUACCCCCGCAUCCAGGUGGUUCCGCGACAUUGGAUAUGCGAGGACCUGCCUGAAUCCGAGCGGGCCAAGAAGAACAUCUGUCCUGGGCAGGGAGUGCUGUCGUACUACGCCAGUUCAACCGGCCCUGAUGGUGAGGGCGAGGUUUGGGGUGCGCACCCCGAGCCUCGCGAGGCCGGGGAUGUGACGCUGCAGUUUGGUGGCGCCCACCUCACCGAGAAGCCUGACGACGAAAGUUUCGCACAGGCGUAUUCCUUUGGGUCCCGGGAAGUGCUCCACCGCUCGGAGAGGGCGGUGCGUGGGCAGGUUUUGAGGGAGCUCAUCUCGCCCGCGGAGGUUUACGUCUACUUGCAGUGCAUGGACCGGCGCAAGCCUGUUCGGAUCCCGCUGGCUUCUAUCUGGAGUGUCCAGCAGGCGGAGCCCACGCGCAAGGUCAGGAAGCGUCGGAAGGUGCUGGAGUGGCUGGUUCUCCGUCACACAAGGGAUCGGCCGGCUGAGGUCGUGGCUCGGCAGGGCUCCUCUGCAGGUUUGUACAAUCCCGUGUAUGGCUAUCUAUGGGACGAGGCGAUCCAGCUGACGCCAGGAGUCAAGGUCUCCUUCUUCUCGCUCCCGGGCAGGGGCGAUGCGACCACGGCCUCUGUUGCGUCUGUUGCAUCACCGGCUUUUCGGCGGCUGUCCACUGGGAUCGUGCUGAGGACUGUUGCCAAAGUCUCGCACUAUGAAAUCAUGUUUGAGGAGGUUGUUCCCGAGGAACGCUGGAUAUCCUCCUUCAACGUUGGGAUGCACCUGCAGUCGGAUGGAUCCGUAGAGAGGCUGCGGCGGCCGGCGGUUACCAUUCACGACAUUCCAGACGAGUUAGAGGAAAUCGAGGUGUCCAUUGGGCUGUCCUCUACAUCAGGGGGUGAUUAUGUUUCAUGGAGCGGGCCGAGCAAGCCAUGCAGGGUGCUGAAGGUCAAGAAGCCGCUGCUUCCUCCACUACCUCCAGUGCUGACGGUGCUGAGCAUCAAUCGUGCACAAGUGCGAUGGGUACUACCCAAGGACCCUGCGCCAAUUUGCUUCCGGCUGAGAAUGCGGGAGAAAGGUUCACAGGACUGGUGCUUUGUGGACUCCUUCGGGCAUGCUCGUGACGAGGACACGACUUUGGCCUGGAGAUCCCGUCUUGUGCCGCUGGUUGAGGAUCUCUGGGUGAGUGCUUUCGGUGAUUUCGACAACCGGAAGUCUUCCACUCCCGGGGCAGCGCGAGUCCGGAAGGUGGACCCUUCUGGGUCGGUGGAGAUUGAUUUUGUGGAGCCACAGGAGGACUUCUGCAUAGGCGGAGCCCCUCCAUCCGCCUUGGCCUGCACGCAGUGCUCGCAAAAGCUCGGUGGUUCGCAGGAGGAAACCCACACAAUACCAUUUGCCUGGAUCGAGGCCGUCUGGGUUGCAGAUGGAAAGAGCUACCUCAAGGGUACGCCUUUGGCAUCUCGCAUUGAAGAGAAGCAGGCACGUUUCGAGCGCAUGGGAGGGCGAACCAGCGUGGCGCUGUUGCAGAUCGAUGGCGAUGAGACUGUGCAGGUCAACGACAAGCAGUGGACCGAGAUCUUGACCACAAAAGCCACGGUCUCCAAGGUACAGCUGACUGCGCACGAGAUUGUCGGCUUGAGGGCCGAGGUUGGCUACGAAGUUUCCGUGCAAGCGCUGACAAAGGGUGGAUGGACGGAUUGGAGCAUGCCGGGCUCCAUUCAGAUGCCACGAAUCGGCUAUGAGCAGGAGCAGCUUGUAAGCGAGCGAAAGGCCAAUGCCUUGUACCGCGCAGAUCUCCUGCCACAGGCAGCUUACAAGGAGUACGAACGGUGCUGGGACUCUGUGGAGGAGUGCCUCACAGCAGAUCGGCUUGAGCGCAUUCAGCAAGUGCUGAAUGCCAAGAAGGACCUCGCUCAAGAGUUCGACCUCGAGCUGUCCAGAUGGCUUGUUGACAUGGAGGGCCCCAUCCGCGAGAGCUCUCGGAUGCUCGAGGCAGAAGCAAGGGUUCUUUUGCGAGAUCUUGUCAACCGCAAGGCCAACUUGAACUAUCGAGAUCAAGCGACCGGGCGGGUUGCUCUCACCUACGCCUGUGAGUACGGCUGGAAGGUGAAGCCGGGGAUCAUCGAGGAGCUCUUGCAACUCCGGGCGGAUGUGGACUCGAUGAAUGACGCUCGGAAUACGGCGCUGGGAAUCGCUGCUUCCGGUGGCCAUGAGACUAUUGUAGAGGUACUAUUGCAACACGGAGCGGACGCAACCGUCGUCAGUUUGCAGGGUGAGACGGCCCUCCUUCGAGCUCGGACAUUUCGAGGCAUGACGACGGCAAAGAUCCAGGGCAUCAGUCGUUGCAGGGAGCUCCUGCGGCAAAGUCGACUGCCUUGGGAGAGUUUUGAGGCCGCUGUGGCGAACUUGGCCGACGAUCCUCCGGCUGCUGCAAGGGCAUUCCUGGAGUUGGCUUUUCCAGGAGGGCCCAGCACCAUGUUCGUGGCAGACAAAGAGGUCAAGAGAAUCUCCAAACACGACAAGCUUCGACUCUACGAGCAGAUAUGCGAGAUUCGCGACGUCGACGACGGUGGAUAUGAGGAGGCAGAGCGUCGUGGUCGAUUUUGCGCACAAAGGCUUCUGCUGCCACAGGUGCGUGCGGCAUCAUUACAGCAGCCGCCAAAUAAAGAGUGCAACUACUUCGCUCGCUACCUGCUUCACAGCGGGAUUAUGAGAUGGUGCUUGCCGGAGGCGAAAAAGCUGGCUUCCGAGCUCUUAGCGCACUAUGCGAAGGAGCUUCAAGCCCGGAGACUUGCUUUGAAGAAGCUGCCCAAGCUCACUCAAGAGGCCGAGCAUUUCCUGGGAAGCAGGCCCAAGUUUGCCGGUCGCUCCCUUCAUCAGUGGCAUGCGCAUGACGACCUGCCGUGGCUGACACAGCAGAACGUGGUGGGAACCUUCGAGGCUUUGGUACAUUGCGGGGCUGUGGUUAGCAUGGAGGACCGUGCCCACGAACCACUGCAAGAGAGAGAGAGAGAGUUGGCGAAUCAUUGCGAAGCCGACUUGACAAUUGCAAAGCAUUUGUGGCCCAGCGAUACGCUUUGCUUACACCCUCGCACUUGA